AAACAACUUUACCUAAAAAAAAUAAUCUACUGUUUCGUAACAGAAUAAUUUUUAAUUAGCAACUAUUUCUGUAUAAUACUUUCUAUCAUUUCGAAGAUAGUUAAAGCAUUACUAUAUAGUUUAUCGAUCCGUUUUGUGUAAAUUUUAUUUAAGGUUAUGGUCUAAUGAGUUUUGUCAAGUGUUAAACGUCACCAAAAUUUAUAACAAGUAUUUGUCUUUGUUUUCUUUAAAAUGGCCUGGUUUUCAGGCCUCGCUGAUAAGGCAGAGAAUCUUUUAAACAAAAUAGAUAAAAAUACAGCGGCAGUUUUGAAUAAAGAUAAAUAUGAACUACCACAAUCUCAAUUGACACAUGUUACAUGGACUCCUCCUGAAUCUGGUAGCACCCAAGAAGAAAUAGCCUUAAAAUUUAGUACAGAAUCAAAACAUCCUUAUGUUGAUUCAACAUCAAACCUAUCUUCAUUGACAAAUUCAAGAGAUGAAGAACUUCUAACGUUUUUGAACACUCCUAAUUCAAGCCCAAAGAAGAACAUAGAAGUCUCAAUGUCACCACCUACACCUUCCUCGCUUAUGGUUGAGCAUCCUACAGAUACUACAGAUUCUAUAUCAGAAUUAUCAAAUCAUAGUGACUGUUCAAGUUCUAGUCCUAUGCAUACAUCCGUAGAGCUUCCAGAUAAUUUUAAUUAUGAUGAUGUAGAAAUAAAAAAUGAAGUAACAGAUUCUGUAAAUAAUGAACCAAUAGAAAAUCAGAGUGUAGGAAUUGUUUUGGAUAAUGGGUAUAACUAUGAAUCUCAGCAGAAGAAUUUAGAAGUAAAUAAAUUAAUCAAUUCAUCAAGCAAUAAGUACAUCAAAAGGUAUUUAAAAGAAAUAGAAAGGAAUUUAGAGGAAAGAAAUGAAUUACUUGGGAAACAGGAGACAGAUCAUCAGAAAGAGAUCAUAGUCUUAAAUGAAAAAUUACAAUCUCUAAAUGUAGAAAAAAUGCAGUUAUCUAAACAAGUAGUAGAACUGCAGUUUGCUUUAGAACGAAGUAGGUCAGAAUUGAAUUCUACCAGAGCUGAUUUGGAUCAGCACAAAGCUAGAGCUUUGAAAACAUUACAAGAGAAAGAAAAAUUGAUAGCAGAGUUGAGAUGCAACGAGUCUACAGGAAUGGAUGAUACAAUGAUUAUGGAACUGAACCAGCUAAGACAAGAACGAGACAUUCUCCGCGAAGAAAAUCAACAAAUCUCUGAGCAACUGAGAAUAGUACGGGAAGAGUUAAUGAAUGCGGACGUGAAAUUAGAGAAAAUGAGACAGAAUUCUGCUGAAGCAAAUGUACAGGCACAAGAAAUUCUUGCAACCGAGAGACGCAGGAGACUGGAUGCAGAGGAGGAUGCAAGAUUGCAUUCAGAAGAAAUAAGAUCAUUGAAGGACGAGUUAAUUCGUCAACGCAAUAGUUACACUUCGCAGCUACAAAAGAGUAAUUCUGAAAUUAGUAGACUGAGAAUGCAAUUAUCAGCAACUUCUACACCUAGCAGUGAAGUGGAAUUAAGAUUGGCAUCUCUUACGAAAACCUUGGUUUCUAAACAACAAGCAUUAGAGAGUUUAACAACUGAGAGAAAUGCUUUGAGACUACAACUGGAAAAAAUUGAACAUGAACUUAGAAAUAGUCGGCGCAAUAUUCUUUACAACAACUUAAAUGAUACAGAUGACGCAAAGGCUCAAGUACCGACAUUUUUAAUGGAAACUCCCUUUGAUACCGGAGUCACUAGAAGAGUUAAAAGAGCUUAUUCUUCAUUAGAUGCUAUUAGCAUCCGUACAGGUGUUUUUCUAAGAAGAUAUCCACUUGCAAGGAUCUUAGUAUUAAUUUAUAUGGCAUUGCUACAAUUUUGGGUCCUUAUCGUUCUUCUAUCGCAAUCACCAGAAGCACAUUAAUGUUUUUUAUAUGUGGGAUCAUUGUUUUAUUAAAGUUUAUAAGCAUUGUAAAUACAUUUAUAUUACUGUUACAUGGGAUUUUGUACAAGAUUCUAUUGUUAAACUGGGAUAGUUGUAUAUUUGUGAUGAAUAAUCGAUCAAAUAUUUAUUGAAAUUAUCAUUUAUUUUUUCACGAAAUUUUACUGAUAGACAGGAUAUUAUAAUACUAUUCAAAUGAUGAACAUAAUGUAUCUAAAUAAAUAAAUAAAUAAAUAAUUUGAAAAAGCUAAA